AUGUCCCCUCGUCCUCCCAUCCUUGACUCUGGUCUCGACGCCAUAGGGUAUACGCCACUCAUCCGUCUUGACCGCAUUGCCGCCCAUGAAAAGCUCAAAUGCAAUCUACUUGGCAAGCUCGAGUCUGUCUCUGCCGCAGGCUCUGUCAAGGAUCGCGUCGCAAAGGCCAUGGUUGACGCAGCAGAGCGGGAUGGCGUGCUCAUUCCGGGGAAGAGCGUUCUCAUAGAGCCCACGUCCGGUAACACCGGUGUCGGCCUCGCGAUGGCAUGCGCUGUCAAGGGCUAUCCGCUCGUCGUGGUCAUGUCUCAGAAGGCAUCCAUUGAGAAGGAAACCGCAAUGCGCCUGCUGGGCGCUCAGGUCGUGCGCACGCCGAUCGGCUUAUCAUCAGAUUCCAAACUCACACACACAGCUAUCGCGAAGCGGUUGAGGGACACUAUCCCUGGCGGCGUUAUCUUAGACCAGUACAGUAAUCCAGCCAACCCAUUGGCACAUGAGCUCGGAACGGCUCAGGAGAUGAUUGACGCAAUCGUGGCUGACGCGCAGGCGGCCGCUCGCCCAUCUUCUGGCAAGUUGGAUGUCUUCUUCGCCAGUACCGGUACCGGUGGAACCCUUACAGGUGUGGCGCGUGGUGUGAAGAAAGAGCAUAACCCAAAAGCUCAGGUCAUCGGUAUCGAUGUUAAAGGUUCACUGCUGGCGGUGCCGCCAGAGUUGAACGAGCCAUAUCGUGGCACACGCUAUCUGGUCGAAGGUAUUGGCUAUGAUGUUGUACCGGCUGUGCUCACACGAGAGCCGGGCAUGAUUGACAAGUGGAUUAAGACGGGCGACGAGGAGGCUUUUGAGGCGUUACGGCUACUCCUUCGUUUGGAAGGUCUAUUGGUUGGAGGUAGUUCGGGGAGUACACUCGCCGGCGCGCUUAUGUGGCUCAAGAGUGACGAGGGUCGCGCGAUAGCGCAGGAGGAAGGCCGUAAUGUCGUGGUACUGCUCGCGGACGGGACUCGUAAUUAUAUCGCCAAGGAGUGGUUCAGGGACCUUGGCAAGGAUGAAGAGCCCACCGACAUCGCGAAGCUCGCGGCCGAAUCUAUGCACUCAUAUCUUCAAGAGCCAGGCGUCGCGGAAGCCGAGAAGACAAUCAUGGUGAACAGCAGUACAGUCUAA